CCCACUGCACAACCCACGCACAAUGUCGCGCCGCCCUCUCGGACCGCUCCUCGUCGCCAUGGGCGUCGGCAUCAUCUCGGGCAUCUACAUCUGGGACACGCCCCUAAAGCAGGAGACGGGCCGCCUGCCCCCGCCCGAGCCGAUCGUGCCCCCGCCUUCUGAGGCGGGCGUGAAGGGCGAACAGAGCCCCGCGGCGCCGGCACCAGUGGCCCCCGGGACUGAGAAGCCCGCUGCUGCCGAGCCUACGCCUUCGCCCAAGGCUGCCGACGCGCCGGCCAAGCGCAGGACAGAGGAGAAGAAAGACGAACCUAAGCGCGAUGUCUAGUAUAUCGGAAAUCGUCUCACACAUAUCAUAGCAUGCACUCUUCAUAUGACACGCUGGCAGGCGGUGGUUGUGGACGUAGAUGAAAUUAUGGCG